ACUAAAAACGAACCACUCUGGCCAACAUCUCCAGGUAAACCAGGUGGCCCAGGAUCUCCCGGUGUGCCCGGGUCCCCAGGAAUUGCAGGAAAUCCAGGGGCACCUGGUGCACCAGGUCUUCCUGGUAUUCCAUUCCUACCAGGUGGACCGUCUGGACCCGGCAGUCCAGGAGCGUUUGUAGACGUCUCUGAGACGGAUAACGCUACUGCAUACGCCACAAUUGAGCCAGAUAAGAAGCACUACAUUCAGAUGCUUCGUUUGGCUGUGUUGACGUUCAAUUCUCGUCCUGAUGCCAUCGUUGAUGUCGUGCUCGUAUGUGACGAGAUGAAGCUCGGCUUUAUGACGAUGCUGGCUGGCACUCACUCAUACAACUACGGUGUCUACCAAUCGAUUGCGGAUUCGAUGAUGGUACCAUUGGUCGAUUGGGAAGUUUCGGAUGUCCGAUCGGCAGAUGCUAAACGUUCUCCGAUGACAUUUUCUGUCAGACCGGCAAUUGAUCAGCUUCUUGUAGACUACAUCAAAUACAAGGGAUGGUCACAUAUUGUUUACAUCCACGACGGAGCUAACGCAGAUCGAACUCUACACGGUAUGUUCGAGUAUCUGAAUGAGAACAGCCCAGAGUAUAAUUUAUUCGUUGACAAUUUCAGAGCUCCUGCUGAUGAGGAAUUCUUCCGCGAGUUUCUCAACGACUUACACAGACGCCUAUCACUAGCUCUUCAUGAAAGCGUUCUCGUCAAGAAAGAGUACCACUAUGUAUUUGCAAGCUUUGAAAUGGAGGAUACUGAAUUAGCAUCUUUUCACUACUCAUUAAUCAAUGUUACUGGCUUCCAAAUUUUUGAUCGAGCUGACAAAAAAUUUCUGUGGGCUUCUGCGAGUACUGCCUUUGCUCAUGAUGCUCUGCUUGUCGCUGCUGCAGCUCUCGAUCGUACUAUGAAAAAACAUGGAUUCACUAUAUUUGAUCGGAGCUUCUCUCGUCAUCAACUGUUCAAUCGCGGGUUGCCUGGCUUGUACUGCCGACCUCACGAAGAUAGAGACUAUCCAGAUCGGCCGUUUCAACAGUUUGAAUUCGGAGACAAAAUUGCCGAAUCGAUCAAAGAAGUAGUUCUCACCAGUGACGACGGAACUCUCACGGGUCGAAUUCAGUUCGAUCCUCAAACUGGCUUUCGAACGAACUUCUCAGCUACGAUUAUAGAGAUUAGACCCGAUGUGAAUUCUCUGAUCAGUGUCAAGGAGAGAUUUCAAUGGGCUCAGGGUAAAGGCUUUUUACUAGACAAACAACGAUUUUCCCAGGAGAGCAAACAAAACAAAAGCGUCACCCAGAAAGGCAUUCUCACCAACAAACCGUGGAAAUUAAGGCUGAACGUAGUCACUGUAUUGGUGAAACCAUUCGUGAUGUUGAGGCGAAGCAAUCCUGGCGAACCGGAACCGAGAGGCAAUGAUCGCUUCGAGGGCUACUGUAUCGACUUGUUGAAGCUGCUCGCGAAGAACAUCUCCGGAUUUCAGUACGAUAUUUUCGUUUCCGAAGGAAACAAAUACGGAGCCCGGCAAGCCGACGGCAGCUGGGAUGGUAUGCUUGGCUAUCUACUGAAUGAGACUGCUGAUAUAGCCGUUGCUCCGCUGACGAUCACUCAAGAGAGGGAGAGAGCAGUGGACUUCUCGAAGCCAUUCAUGACUACUGGAAUAUCGAUAAUGAUCAAGAAGCCAGAAAAACAGGAGUUCAACAUUUUCUCGUUUAUGGAACCACUUGGAAUGCGCAUUUGGAUCCUCACAGUCUGUUCGUACGUCGGGGUUUCGUUAACAAUAUUCCUUGUCUCGUCGUUCUCACCAUACGAGCAGAGGGUGCAGUUCAAUCGUGGAGAAUUUUCCGUCUCAAACGAAUUUUCCAUGUACAAUUCGUUAUGGUUCACAUUGGCUGCAUUCAUGCAACAAGGCACGGAUAUUCUACCAAAAGCGCUGUCGGGCAGGAUUGCCUCGUCGGCGUGGUGGUUCUUCACACUUAUCAUCGUCUCUUCAUAUACAGCCAAUCUUGCCGCUUUUCUCACACUAGAGAAAAUGACACCGCCGAUAGAAUCUGUUGAGGAUCUUGCGAAUCAGAAAAAAAUUCGUUACGGAGUGGUGAAAGGCGGCUCGACGGCAGCAUUUUUUGAGGAUUCAACGGUACCGCUGUACAAGAAAAUGUGGGAUUUCAUGCAAGACGAGAACAACAAGUUCAUCAAGGGUGAA